GAUAAACAGAGAUUUCAUUUGAAAAUUUGUUUUUUCCAAAAUGGAGCAGAGAACAUUGCUUGCAUUGCUGGUCUUUUCCUCACUCAUAGUAUUAGCAGAGGCUCAGAAGCCUGCUAUUGAAAUCUACAGCCUCCACGUGGACUGCAAGGUCACCUCACGAUUCGCUCACACCGUCAUCACCAGCAGGAUUGUCAACAGAGCCAAUGAGUCCCGAGAGGCCACCUUUGAAGUGGAGUUACCCAAGACAGCCUUCAUCACCAACUUCUCCAUGUCCAUCGAUGGUAAAGUAUACCCAGGGGUGAUAAAGGAGAAAGCUGCUGCUCAGAAGGAAUAUGACACCGCAGUCUCACGCGGGCAGAGCGCCGGCCUCGUCAAGAUCAGAGACAGAAAACUGGAGCUGUUCCACGUGUCCGUCAGCAUCGCGGCCGCCAGCAAAGUCACCUUCGAGCUGACGUACGAGGAGCUGCUGAAGCGCCAGCUGGGCAAGUUCGAGCUGCUCAUCAAAGUGCGGCCCAAGCAGCUGGUGAAGCACUUCCAGAUCGACGUGCACAUCUUCGAGCCCCAGGGCAUUCGCUUGCUGGAGACAGACAGCACCUUCAUGACAAACGAGUUAACUGAGGCACUCACCAAAGUGCAGAACGAAACCAAGGCUCAUAUUUCGUUUAAGCCAACUGUAGAUCAGCAGAGGGCAAACCCUGAACUCGAUGACACUCUCCUCAACGGUGACUUUGUUGUGCGUUAUGACGUUAAGAGAGAAGCCACGGCGGGUGAUAUACAGAUUGUCAAUGGGUAUUUUGUGCACUACUUUGCACCCAGUGAAAUGCCAGUGUUUCCCAAAAAUGUCAUCUUUGUUAUAGACCGAAGCGGCUCCAUGGCAGGCAGGAAAAUCGAACAGACGAGGGAUGCCCUGUUGAAGAUUUUGCGAGACCUCCGCCCUGAGGAUCAUUUUGGCUUUAUCACCUUCAGCAACAGAGUGGUGGAGUGGAAGAGCUCUCUGCUGCCAGCCACCCAGGAGAACGUGGCCAGUGCUGCUGCUUUCGUGCAGACUCUGUCUGCCAGGGGAGGCACAGACAUCAAUGGUGCCCUGCUGAGUGCCGUGGGUGCUCUGGACAAAGCCAAGGACCUGCCAGAGCGCAGCGUCUCCAUGGUUAUCCUGCUGACAGAUGGCCAGCCCACUUCUGGUGAGACAAAUGUGGAAGAGAUUCAAGAAAACGUUCAGAAAGCAAUCAAUGGGAAAUAUGCUCUUUUCUGCCUUGGCUUUGGGUUUGAUGUCAGUUAUAAAUUCCUGGAGAAAAUGGCCCUAAGCAAUGGGGGAAUAGCACGGCGUAUAUAUGAAAAUGCUGAUGCAGCCUUGCAGCUCCAGGGCUUUUAUCAAGAGGUGGCUACACCAAUAUUAAUGAAAAUUGAGCUGCAGUAUCCAGAAAAUGCCAUUGAGGGAUUAACCAGGAACAAUUUCACGCUGUUUUUUGAAGGAUCUGAAAUUGUAGUGUCUGGAAAAAUUAGGAAUGAGUUGGAUCUCUUGCCAGUAGAAAUUAAAGCUCAGUCUCACACCAGUGACUUGACUCUUAAGGAAGAAGCAAAUGUCAAAGAGAAGGAGCAAAUAUUCCAAGAUCAAAGAUACAUCUUUGGGAAUUUCAUAGAGAGACUGUGGGCUUACCUAACCAUUCAACAGCUCCUGGAAAAAGCUAUUUCAGCCCCAGAAGAGGACCAGAAGGCCCUGGAGGCACAAGCCCUGGAGCUGUCCCUGCAGUACAGCUUUGUGACACCCCUCACUUCCAUGGUGGUCACCAAACCCGCUGACCAGCAGCAGGGAGAGCUGGCAAACAAACCCACUGAAGCUGAUAAUGAGAAGCCCAACAAUCGUCUAGUAGGAGCAUCUCUCAAAAAAUCCACCUCCAGAUUUUUUGGAAUGCCUUCUGAGGACGAUUUAGCUGCCUCUAGAAUGAGGACUGGAUCAGCUCCUAGUCGAUGGGGUGAGCCCCAAGCUGGCAGCAACUGGAAGCUGUUUUCAGGAGUUACCAGGCUAAAAGACAGAGUGAGAGCACAACCUGUUGUCCAUGAACAUCCACAAUUUCUUCUGCAAUUACCCAAACUAAGUGAAACAAUCUGUUUAAAUAUUGAUGGAACAGCACAACCCUCUGUCCACCUGCUGUCAGAUCCAGAGCAAGGACUCACUGUGAUGGGAAAACUUGGAGAUGGAACAAAUCAGUUUGUGCAGUUUGAAAUUAAAUAUGUGAAUCCCCCCGUGCAAAUCCACGUCUCCACUAAUGGGAUCAUUGUGAACCACAAUAACAAGAACACUCUGCUGCCAUGGACAGAGUCAGCCACCUCCACCAUCCAGGGUCUUAGAGUCUCGGUUGAAAAGGAAAGAAGUUUCACAGCAUCACUGCCUGACACGGUCACAGUGAAAAUCUCCCUUGUCAAGUUUCCAGAUGAUUUCCUUGGGCUCUAUUUCUUGGACACCGACUAUUUUUCUGACAAAGUCAGUGGAGCCCUGGGUCAAUUUUAUUCAAAAGCACAAUUUAAGGAUAACUCCAACAUCAAUCAGAGAGCUGAUGAAAGACUCCUUACUGUGUCUGGAUCUGAGCACAGAGUUUCCAGGAUGUACAAGAAAGAUUACAGGCUUGAGUCAGCCCAUGGGCCUGUUUCCUGCUGGUCAACAGAUCUAACUCCCUAGAAAAAAAAAUUUUCUGGGAAAGAAAACUAUGCAAAUGAUGCUCUUCCAAUGUAUUUUUGAUACUUUCAUCAAGAAAACCAUUCAGUUAAAGCCUUAUUGUUACUAAAUACAUAACUAUAGUAAAAUAUAUGUCACAAAUAUUUCACCUUGGAAUCAUUACACUUUCAAGAUGAGACUGUGCCUGCUUGUUUGCUGUUUGAAAAUGGUUUCUAAUCCAUUGUUGUUGAAGAUUUAUGUGAAUGAACUAAAUAAAAUCAACAUUAUCAGCUCACA